AUGGAAGCUCACCUGGGGAAGAUGGAGUUUUUCUGCAAGCUGGGGUAUGGCAAGCAGGACAUCUGCAAAGUGCUGGAAAAUCUGGGCCAAGGGGCCCUGGAGGAUGACGUGCUGAAAGAGUUGAUUCGGGUAGGUAGCAGGCCUGUGGCUCAGGAGAGGCAGGCCCAGCAUCCUCUCCCAAAACUUGUCCCCCGUGGGUCAUGUAGCAGUGCGGCCGUGCCCAAGCAGCCAGAAGAGGAGGCAAGCGAUUCUUCCAGUCACUUGAGACCUAUCGUGAUCGAUGGCAGCAACAUUGCUAUGAGCCAUGGGAACAAAGAAGUGUUCUCAUGCCGGGGGAUUCAGCUGGCAGUGGACUGGUUCAGGGAGAGAGGCCACAAAGACAUCAAGGUCUUUGUCCCAUUGUGGAGAAAGGAACCACCACGAUUUGAUAGCCCCAUUACAGAUCAGCACAUUCUUGAUGAGCUUGCAAAACAAACCAUUCUCGUGUACACUCCAUCCCGCAAGGUGAAAGGCAGGCGGGUGGUCUGCUAUGACGAUCGCUAUAUAAUUAAAGUGGCCCAUGAGAAAGAUGGGGUGAUUGUUUCCAAUGACAACUACCGGGACCUCCAGAGUGAGAAUCCUGAGUGGAAGUGGUUCAUCGAGCAACGGCUACUCAUGUACUCCUUUGUCAGUGACAAGUUUAUGCCUCCUGAUGACCCACUAGGCCGUCAUGGACCUACUCUUUACAAUUUCCUCAGCAAAAAGCCAGUGCUUCCUUUUACCAGAUGGCAGCCCUGUCCUUAUGGCAAAAAAUGCACAUAUGGCAGCAAGUGCAAAUUUUUCCACCCCGAACGACAGUAUCAAGCUCAGCUGUCAGUGGCUGAUGAGCUCCGAGCCAAAACAAAGGCCUCGUCUCGAAGCUUGGGGACAGAGGAAGAAAAGUUGAAGGCUGCCCCAGCUACAACCCAAGGAGGGACUGCAUCCCGUGGCGCUUGCAUAGAAAGGCUGCAGGAAUCCAGUGGUGCUACAGGCGGCGGCAGCAGCUCCACUCAGAGCUUUGCAACGGAUUGGUUCCAUUCCACACAACAGGAAAGGCGCUACACCGAGCAUUCAGCUAGAGCCUGGGGAGACAGGCCCCUGUGUAAGCUGGAACCCGAACAAAAUGUGUUACAGCAAGAUCUACAGAGAGAGCAAAGGCUCAUGGAAAAGCAGCUAUCUGCGUUAUCCCUCAGGGACAAGCUAUAUAGCGCAAACAGGCUGGCAGACACCUCUGAGAGAGAGGAUGCAACGGACAGUACCCGUCAAUGCUGUAAUCUUAGCCACAAUCACUGUCACAAUCUAUAUGCAACUCAUCACAACCAUAGUUUGGACUGCAUGUGCUUACAACAGUGCAAGCUGCCUUCUCCUCUUCGCAGGCACCCAGCUCACUUUAAGCCUGAGCACCGCGGCAAUGUGCAAAUGUCAGCAGUGCAGAGUCAGAGAAUCCAAUACACUGUGGACAGAUCUCUGUCCACACAAGGCCUGCAGGAGUCACAGCAAGUCACACACACUGUCAGGUCUCCUCCGAAUGGCCCAUUUCCCUACAGCAAACGCGAAGAUGGACAAUACCAAAGGCAUUCGCAGAAUCAGCCUCCCAUUCAGUCAUUUUUGUUUGACUCCCACAAGGGGCCCGGCUCCUUCAGCUAUUUACCCACUUCUCACAGCGAGUAUCUCCUGAAUCAUGCUCCAGAGCCACUUGCUGGAGAGCGAGCACACAUCCGCAGUGUGCUCUGCUCUGUCUUCCCAUACGAUGAAGUGGAUCGAGUUAUGUUCUUGUACCCUGAUCUCAAGGAUAUGGCUAGUUUAAUUUUACUAAUUCAAAGACAGAGGCUCUUAUGAAGUGGAGGAGACUCUCCUCACAUCAGUGCCCCCAAAGAAAACCAAAAACCAAGAGCCUUUGCCAGCUGGGGCCAGGUGUCCAAGGUUAUUUCCAGCUCUGCCAGUGACUCAUCGUGUAGCCUUGUGCAAGUCAGUUAGACUCAAAUGGUGGCAGGCAGCCACUGGCCCCAGCAGGCAAUGGUAUGGAGCUGCACCCCCCAUGGAGGGAUCCUGGGGAGGGACUGUGCCUCGGAGAGCGAUUUCUUCUUUGAGGCACAAUCCUCACUGAGUUCCCUAGUGGACAGUAACACUGUGCCAUCCUUAGGGUCCCCCUGGUGUAGAUAGCCCACUCUACUUCCUGUUGGGGGGCUGUUGCCCCUUCUCCCUCCCCAUCUCCUGUGAGAUGCCAGCCAUCCCUGGAAGUGGAGUAGGUCCUGGUGCUGCAUACAGGUGCUGCAAUUGUGACUGACCUAUAUGCAGACCACACAAGGAAUGUGUACUCUUUGCAAACCUUCCACCCAUCCAAAGAAGGGUCAGUCACAAUUGGGUCCAUUAACCUACCUGUUCUCUACUUGCUAACAGCAUUGCCCCACCUUACAGAGCAGUUGCGGCAAGGCUUAGUGUAUGCUUUACAAGCACUUUAAGAGCCUUUAAUCAAAGGUGCUAUUGCAGUUGGUUUCAACUUGUGGUCCGCGGACCCCUGGGAGUCUGCAGACUAUGUCUUAAGAUUUCCAAAGGGGCCUGCACGUGCCUUUGAAAUACUCAUGGGCCUUCAUAUGAAAAAGAUUGAAAACCACUGUGCUGUGGCAUUGCAAGUAACAUAUGAUAUGAGCAACAAAUCUGUGGAUUUUUCCUGUACAAAGCUUCAUAAAUGUCCUAACCCUGACAGCCCAAUUGCAUCAGCAGAGCAAUCAUUUGCUCCCUGCUCAUGAGAACAAUGUGGGACAAUCUUCCUUUGAAGAGAUUUGCAUUUUUAGAAGGAUUCCCCUCAGAACUCAGAUUUUCUUUAAUAAAUAAAUGAUGACAACCCAUAGAAAGCCACAGAGCAUAUCUCCCACUAGCAUGGGCUCCCUCCCAUGAGGACCAAACUUCUCCCAGUCUCACACAGAGCCGCUCUCAUUGUCUUUCAGUUACUCUGUUGACAUGACAAAGGCUGAAUGGAAAGACUGAGGUUCUGUUCCCAUCGCAGAAAAGCAUGCAGGCUUCCUGCAGUGUCCUCAUUUCUGUGUGCUUACAUCAACUAUUUGGCAAAUUCAGAACUUCAGCAGAGGAUAAAUCCUGCAGUUUUUACUCACAGACGAUCUUAUCCAUUGAAACUAAUGAGAGUUCAGCCCAAUUAAGGAAUAUAUUACUACAAGAUUUGAGCCCUUCCCAAAACGGGGUGGUCUCAGGAUGCAAUAGCCUAUCUUAUGCGCUCUGGAAAAGGAGACAAGUUUCACCAUGCCAAAAAUGAGUUGGGCAUCCAAAGACAACACACCAAAUCACUAGUCAUGUUUUAAAAUCAUGGCCUAAAAAGUGUAGUUACUUCAGAGGGCUCAUACACUCUCUAUGAGCUUUGUACAAACUUCCCAUUGUAGGAGCUCUGCCUUAGAUCUAGUACAUUGCUUCAUAGACGUCGGCCACACACCAUCAUUACAUUUUUAAUGUGGCCUUUUUCCUCCAUUAGUCUGACAUCCCAGCUAUAAGAUAACGUUGGCUUUUCGUCAUUGCACAUCUGCUUUUAUAAUUACAGCCAUUAGGUGCAAUCCUGUCCUCACUGAAUGGUUAACAACUCCCAUCGGCUUCUGUGGGAGCAGGAUUGGACACAUUUUAUGCUUCACAAGAUACAAAGUAGGUUUCUUUUAAAAAUCUGUUUUGUUAGUUAAGAAAUAUUAGCAGGGUUCCUACAGACCAUGGUAGAGACAGCUGAAGCUGAUGAUGAUACAUGUUCAGCACUUAAGUGCAGUUCAACUCCAUUUAGUGGGUUUAUCUUUGACUUAAACCCUGAACUCAUGUGAAUUUGUUUUUUUCUGGACAAACACAAGGAUGAUGAUAAUGAGAAGAGAAGCUAUAUUUCUUAUAUGAAAAAACAAAACAAACUUAACUGAGUUAAACUGACCUUUAGUUACCCACUAUGGUCCCAGUUGUAUAGCAGAUUUAUGGAUGCAAAUGUUUAAACUGUGUUCCUUUGGGACAUGUUUGAUUUUGGUAAGCUGUAAAGCUGCUAGCCUGUGCACUGUGUCAUUUAAUUAUCUAGAACAUAGAAUCUUAAAGUUGACCCUUUUUGGAAUUUUUCCAAAGUUUAAGUAUGUCACCACUGUGACACACUGUAAUACUGUAAUAUAUAUUAAAUGUUCUUCAUUAUAUGGAUGACAUUGUGCUUUAGAAAAAAUAUUUGUACAUCUGAGCUUUUCAAUUUAAUACACACACUCUCUCUCACUCCUGCCACACUGUCCUACAUGUACCUGUCCACAUCUAAUCUCUGUAGGUAAGGUAGAGGAUCUCUUUAUCCAUUGCUUCUUUUUGGGGUAUUUUCUUCAAGAGUAAUAUGGUCCAGCCCUGCAUUCUCUCUGAACACCACAUCUACCACCUGCACAAAAGAGCCAGUGUAGCCUGAUCUUUCCACUGCCUCAUCCUCCAUAAUGCUCAGCCUCUUUGAGAGGAGGAUGUAAAAUGUUACCAGAUCAGAACUCUUCACUCCCAUUGCUGCUAGCAUUGUGCAUUAUGCACCGAGAGCGAAUAGAACUCAUGUUGAUGCUGCCUCUUUUAGGGGAGAUUUUCAAAGACGAAUGAAAGUUGAGUGCUUAACUAACUCCCACUCAUGCCUUUGUAAAUCUCCUGCUAUGCCAAUAGCUUUGGCAUGGUGUGUACUCUUGGAGGGAGGGAGAACCAGCAUCCUGGCUCUGACCUGUCCUCAUGGCUGCAUGUGAAUUGAGAGUCCUUUUGAUGCAUCAUUAGAGAAGCUUCCUUGCAAU